AUACACGAUACCACGUAAUUAGCCGAGGUUUAGAUUAAAUGAUAAUAACUAGUAAUAAAUCACGUGACUUGUUCAUUUCUACAGAGACAUCAAUAUUAGACAUCCCCAGUAACAUAAAAUGGGCUCUCACAUCUGAAUUGAUUGGACUUUUUAUAAGAAUCGAUAGAUAAUCCUUAGUGACUGCCUGAAGGCCCGACCCAAAAAUACACUAAGUAAACAUGUUGGCGAAAAUGAAAGCUAGCACUGAGCAAGAGCUCGAAAAGAAGACAGCGGAUUUCGAGAGAAAGCCCGCCCAUUCUGGUGACCGCAAAAUGAGUGUCGCGGAACGGAAGGGAAGUGUUAGCCAACAGCGAAGAAAUAGUAUAGCACCAAUGCCUAAAAAACCAAUGACAGGCGCCAAGGCGGCUCAACAGAUGGGUCAUUCGCUGACCGGAAUGUUGGCCACCAAAAAAUUCUUCAAGAGGUUUUCCAAACGGGAAAGAACUUCCUCGACGGUAACCGUUCCACCCAAGGAAUAUGAGCCGACAUAUCGAAUGGUACCAAAACGGAAGUUUAAUCAACAACACGUGCAUGAAGUGGUCAAGAAACUCGUGGAUGAAAAGUUGGAUAAAAUGAUUUACAGCAAGAGAUGGUCUCCAAAUCUGACAAAAAUUUUGUGUAAUCAAAUUAAAGAAAAAGUAAAGACUUUGAAUUAUGAGAGGUACAAAUUGGUCUGUAACGUAACUUUGGGAGAAAACAAAGGACCCGGAAUCAUGGCAACCAGUCGCUGUUCAUGGGAUGACAAAUCGGACGAUUUUGCUACCUAUUCGUUUAACAGCAAACAUUUGUACUGCACAGUUACAGUUUUUGCUGUUUACAAGGAAUAACUGACCAAUUUUGCAUACAGCUGGCUUAAAGUGAUUCUAACUUUGUGAUAGAGUGAAUGGUUGUGAUUUUUAAAAAGAGAUGGUGAGGAUGAAAUCUAUGUGAAAUUGUGAAUUUAUUGAAUGUGAUAGCAUGUGUGCAUUUCGCUUAUAUAAAAAAAACCCUAAGAACUGUUGUACAAAGACUCGUUAGAAAUAACGAGAUUGACAAAUUUGAUGUACUUGGAAGUCUAAAGAAGUGCGUGUGAAAUUGAAAGGAACUUUUAAAUGCAGUAUAUUUAUAUUGCAGAUUUUCUGUCCAAUGAGAUUAGUAAUGUUUUUACAAUUUGAAAUUGGGAAGAUAAUAUCCAUGCAUUUAAACUUUGAAUAAAAUUAAGCUAUCUAGCCCA